ACAUUCUCUGUAUCUGUGUCAGUCCUGACUCUGAGCUGCAUCGCCCUAGACCGCUGGUAUGCAAUCUGCCACCCGCUGAUGUUAAAAAGCAUGGCCAGGUGCGCCCGCAAGAGUAUCAUCCUCAUCUGGGUGGUCUCCUGUGUCAUCAUGAUCCCUCAAGCCAUCGUGAUGGAGUGCAGCAGCCUGCUCCCUGAGCUCACCAACAAAACCAGCCUUUUCACUGUGUGUGAUGAACACUGGGGAGGUAGGCAGGCAUCCACAAAAUCCCUCCUCUCAAUGCUAUGGAAUCUCGCCAAGGCACUGUAACCCCAGAUUAGACCAAGUACUAAUACUCUUGCUCUGAUGGAUUGAUUUGAUUGAGAUUGCCUGGAGCAAUUGAGUACUCCACUGGACUAGUCCCAAAAGUACAAAUCCUGCCCAUUAGUGGUGCCCAGGUCAGCUGUUUGUUCACACGCCCGCAAUUGCUAAUAACCUAUCUGCAACAGCCCGACUAUACAGUAUGUAAUAAAGUGAAAAUCUGACCCGCCAACCCUAACCCGCUAAUAUAGAAAAUGGGCUGUAGGCUACAGUCAGAGAUGGCGGAAAGAUUUUUUGACAGGGGGUACAGGAUUUUUUUGUUGUUGCCUGAUUGAGAUAUGUUUCUGCUUAUAAUUUCCAACAUUUUGGUAAGCUAUUUGUUAGUCAACUUGUCUAUAAUUAGAUACAUGCAGCUUCUCCUCUGUCAUUAGAUGUAGCCCUAGAAGACUAAAUAAACCCUUGCUCACCAGAAUAAUGUCAUAAAUCGGUAGAAUGAAUGCUUCAAUCUAGUUGACAUCGGUAAAGUUCUGUCAUCCAUGAAGAAAAUACAAUAACUAAGCAACAGGAAAUAGAAAGGAAAUAGAAAGCUGUGAAAACAACCCAGCAUGUUUCUGAUGAGAUAUCAUUUCAGCUUGGAUGCAUAUUUUAUGUGGUUGAAAUACUAUCAGCUUCUAUGAUGCUGAUAAAGAUAGCACCUCUAGAGACAGUAUCUAACUACGCAUUCGCAUUCUCUCAAGAUGCUGAAAGAAAGAAACCAUAUUUCUCCAUUCCUGUUUCCGAGUCGAAACAUAGCCUACAUUUGGUAUAUCAUUUUACUGCAAGAAAUGCUUAAUUCUGCAGGAGUUAAUAUUAAGGUUAUGUGAGAGGUUAUAGACCUACAGUCAGUGUCCAGAUUUCAUUUAACCCAUCUGAACAGUAGGCUACAGUUCCCUUGAUGUGCCAUAGGCCUAUUUGAAGUCCCCAUCUUGUGACUGUCAAAUUUGUAUAGUGCCUCACAAUCAUCACACAUAACAUACCCCGCACUGAUAUCAUAAUCUUUUACCACUUCACCAAAUCCCCAAACAUUACUCUUUAUUUUACUCUCUAUUUUUUUUUUAAAUUUUAUUUUACCUUUAUUUAACUAGGCAAGUCAGUUAAGAACAAAUUCUUAUUUACAAUGACGGCCUACACCGGCCAAACCCGGACGACGCUGGGCCCUAUGGGACUCCCAAUCACGGCCGGUUGUGAUACAGCCUGGAAUCAAACCAGGGGGUCUGUAGUGACACCUCAAGCACUGAGAUGCAGUGCCUUAGACCGCUGCGCCACUCGGGAGCCCAAUUAAACUCCAACAUUGUCAUUUUUGCCUCUGUGGAUCAACGUUAACUUUUUCUGUCUGUUCCCAAAAGCAUUUGGCAAUUGGUGUGCCAGAUAGCCUAAAAUAAUUAAAGAAAAACCUCAAUGUAGCCUAUAGAUAUAAAUUGCACAUGAAUUAUACAUAAUGGAUUUUUUAAGUGCAAACAGAAAGCAUAGGUUUCGGCGCCAUGCCAACAUCUACUGUCAAGCAUGUAAUUAAAUAGCUAAAAUAUUUUUCUAUCUAGGCCUCCUGCAAGUUAUUUCUACAUGGGCAGGUACCUUUUGAAUUCUACUCAAUUAAUAAUAUACAUGCUACAUCCAUGCUGACUCGAUAUAGAAAAAACUGUAAUCUACCUAGACCCUAUGUUUAGGGACAUGCAUGUUUAAUUUAUUGUAAUUCUCUGAUUUGUGUUUUUUAUUUGACAUGGUAAAAUAACUCAAGCAUAGAUUGAUAACUUUUUUUCCUAAUUUGUCACACAGAAACUACAGGCCAUGAGUAACUUGGCCCCAAAGAAUGGCACCAAUUGGUGUAUAGGUGGCGCUAUUAUAACCAGUCUCACUCAAACCCACGUAUCUGUCACCUAGUUUGACCUAGAGACUUGAAACUUUGUAUGUAGGUGUCUUUCCUCAUGCUGAACAAAUUUGCCUCAAGGACCCAUAAAGUCAGUCAGUCAAUAGAUUUUCCUCCAUCUUGGAAAAACUUUGAAAAACAUUCUCAUGAACCAUGAGUCCAAAUAACACCAAAUCAAUCAGGUAAUCUGAUUUUACAUGUCCAUUAAAAUCCUUUCUAAAUCCACACCUCAAUGGCCUAUUUUAAAGAAUAAGGAAACUGUUAACAAUGUUUUUUAAAGUCACAUUGUAACGCUAAAGCUUAAAAUAAUCAUAGAAAGUUGUCUUCUCAUGGAUUAAAAGUCAGAUCCAAAUGUGGUCUUUGGACUCAUCACCAUAUUCACAAAUAACAUUGAUGCAUUCAAAGAUGGCCACACUAUACCAGUAGAUGCAUAUUAGCACAUACGCUAAUAUGUUAAAUUACGCUAAAAAUACUUCAUAAAUAUUAUUCCAUUUAAACAACUGUAAAUCCACUCCACAGUAGCCUAUCAACUUGAAACGUGUCAUUGAUAUCAUGGACGUCCCUAAAAUAAAGCAAACUGAAUUUGGUAUGGAUAUCUCAAAAAACAAGGAAACUAUUAACAACUCAUUAUUUGCAUGUUUUUUUAUUUUAUUUUUAUUUCACCUUUAUUUAACCAGGUAAGCCAGUUGAGAACAAGUUCUCAUUUACAACUGCGACCUGGCCAAGAUAAAGCAAAGCUGUGCGAUAAAAACAACAACAACACAGAGUUACAUAUGGGGUAAAACAAAACAUAAAGUCAAAAAUACAACAGAAAAUAUAUAUACAGUGUGUGUAAAUGUAGCAAGUUAUGGAGGUAAGGCAAUAAAUAGGCUAUAGUGCAAAAUAAUUACAAUUAGUAUUAACACUGGAAUGAUAGAUAUGCAAGAGAUGAUGUGCAAAUAGAGAUACUGGGGUGCAAAUGAGCAAAAUAAAUAACAAUAUGGGGAUGAGGUAGUUGGGUGGGCUAAUUUCAGAUGGGCUGUGUCCAGGUGCAGUGAUCGGUAAGGUGCUCUGACAACUGAUGCUUAAAGUUAGUGAGGGAGAUAAGAGUCUCCAGCUUCAGAGAUUUUUGCAAUUCGUUCCAGUCAUUGGCAUCAGAGAACUGGAAGGAAUGGCGGCCAAAGGAGGUGUUGGCUUUGGGGAUGACCAGUGAGAUAAACCUGCUGGAGCGCACACUACGGGUGGGUGUUGCUAUGGUGACCAAUGAGCUAAGAUAAGGCAGGGAUUUGCCUAGCAGUGAUUUAUAGAUGGCCUGGAGUCAGUGGGUUUGGCGACGAAUAUGUAGUGAGGACCAGCCAACAGGUACAGGUCACAGUGGUGGAUGGUAUAUGGGGCUUUGGUGACAAAACGGAUGGCACUGUGAUAGACUACAUCCAAUUUGCUGAGUAGAGUGUUGGAAACUAUUUUGUAAAUGACAUCGCCGAAGUCAAGGAUCGGUAGGAUAGUCAGUUUUACGAGGGCAUGUUUGGCAGCAUGCGUGAAGGAGGCUUUGUUGCGAAAUAGGAAGCCGAUUCUAGAUUUAACUUUGGAUUGGAGAUUCUUAAUGUGAGUCUGGAAGGAGAGUUUACAGUCUUGUCCACAUACUCUAGGUCAGACCCGUCGAGAGUAGUGAUUCUAGUCGGGUGGGCGGGUGCCAGCAGCGUUCGAUUGAAGAGAAUGCAUUUAGUUUUACUAGUGUUUAAGAGCAGUUGGAGGCUACUGAAGGAGUGUUGUAUGGCAUUGAAGCUCGUUUGGAGGUUUGUUAACACAGUGUCCAAUGAAGGGCCAGAUGUAUACAAAAUGGUGUCGUCUGCGUAGAGGUGGAUCUGAGAGUCACCAGCAGCAAGAGCGACAUCAUUGAUAUACACGGAGAACAGAGUCGGCCCAAGAAUUGAACCCUGUGGCACCCCCAUAGAGACUGCCAUAGGUCCAGACAACAGGCCCUCCGAUUUCACACAUUGAACUCUAUCUGAGAAGUAGUUGGUGAACCAGGCGAGGCAGUCAUUUGAGAAACCAAGGCUAUUUAGUCUGCCAAUAAGAAUGCGGUGGUUGACAGAGUCGAAAGCCUUGGCCAGGUCGAUGAAGAGGGCUGCACAGUACUGUCUAUUAUUGAUCGCGGUUAGAAUAUCGUUUAGGACCUUGAGCGUGGCUGAGGUGCACCCAUGACCAGCUCGGAAACCGGAUUGCAUAGCGGAGAAGGUACGGUGGGAUUCGAAAUGGUUGGUGAUCUGUUUGUUAACUUGGCUUUCAAAAACUUUCGAAAGGCAGGGCAGGAUGGAUAUAGGUCUGUAACAGUUUGGAUCUAGAGUGUCACCCCCUUUGAAGAGGGGGAUGACUGCGGCAGCUUUCCAAUCUCUGGGGAUCUCAGACGUUACGAAAGAGAGGUUGAACAGGCUAGUAAUAGGGGUUGCGACAAUUUCGUUGGCUAGUUUUAGAAAGAAAGGGUCCAGAUUGUCUAGCCCAGAUGAUUUGUAGGGGUCCAGAAUUUGCAGCUCUUUCAGAACAUCAGCUGUCUGAAUUUGUGUGAAGGAGAUGUGGGUGGGGCAUGGGCAAGUUGCAGUGGAGGGUGCAGAGCUGGUGGCCGGGAUAGUGUUAGCCACGUGGAAAGCAUGGCCAGCCGUAGCAAAAUGCUUGUUGAAAUUCUCGAUUAUUGUAGAUUUAUCGGUGGUGACAGUGUUUCCUAGCCUCAGUGCAGUGGGCAGCUGGGAGGAUGCCACAGGAUGUUUUUGUGCUGGUCAAGGGAAGUCAAGUCUGAGGAGAACCAGGGGCUAUAUCUGUUCUUAGUUCUGUAUUUUUUGAAUGGGGCAUGUUUAUUUAAGAUUGAGAGGAAAUUACUUUUAAAGAACAACCAGGCAUCCUCUACUGACAGAAUGAGAUCGAUAUCCAUCCAGGAUACCUGGGCCAGGUCAAUUAGGAAGGCCUGCUCGCUAAAGUGUUUUAGGGAGCGUUUGACAGUGAUGAGGGGUGGUCGUUUGACUGCGGACCUGUUACAGACGCAGGCAAUAAGGCAGUGAUCGCUGAGAUCCUGGUUGAAGACAGCGGAGGUGUAUUUAGAGGGUAAGUUAGUCAGGAUGAUAUUUAUGAGGGUACCCAUGUUUACGGAUUUAGGGUUGUACCUGGUAUGUUCGUUGAUAAUUUGUGUGAGAUUGAGGGCAUCUAGUUUGGAUUGUAGGAUGGCCGGGGUGUUAAGCAUAUCCCAAUUUAUGUCACCAAGCAGUAUGAACUCUGAGGAUAAAUGGGGGGCAAUCAAUUCACAUAUGGUGUCCAGGGCACAGCUGGGGGCUGAGGGGGGUCUGUAGCAAGCGGCAACAGUGAAAUACUUAUUUCUGGAAAGGUGGAUUUUUAGAAGUAGAAGCUCAAACUGUUUGGGCAAAGACCUGGAUAGUAUGAUAGAGCUCUGCAGUCUUUCUCUACAGUAGAUUACAACUCCACCCCCUUUGGCAGUUCUAUCUAGACGGAAAAUGUUGUAGUUGGGGAUGGACAUUUCAGAAUGUUUGGUGGCCUUCCUAGGCCAGGAUUCAGACACUGCUAGAACAUCAGGGUUGGCGGAGUGUGCUAACGCAUUGAAUAACUCAAACUUAAGAAGGAGGCUUCUGAUGUUAACGUGCAGAAAACCAAGGCUUUUACGGUUACAGAAGUCAUCAAAUGAUAGCUCCUGGGGAGUAGCAGUGAUACUGUGGGCUGCAGGGCCUGGGUUAGCCUCUACAUCACCAGAGGAACAGAGGAGGAAUAGAAUAAGGAUACGGCUAAAGGCUUUAAUAACUGGUCUUCUAGUGCGUUGGGGGCAGAUUUCCGGGCGUUGUGGAAAAGAUUCAGGGCAUUAUGUACAGACAAGGAUAUGGAAGGAUAUGAGUACAGUGGAGGUAAACCUAAGCGUUGGGUAACAAUGAAAGAGAUAGCAUCACUGGAGGCACCGAUUGAGCCGGUCUCGGCGUGUAUGGGGGGUGGAACAAAGGAACUAUUUGAGGCAGUUUGAGAGGGACUUGGGAUUCUACAGUGAAAUUGUAUAAUAAUAACUAUCUGGAACAGCAAUAGGCAAGGCAUAUUGACAUGGGAGAGAGGCAUAAAGCAAUCACAGGUGUUAUUAGAGAGAGCUAAGACAACAACUGGUAAUGGCGAUAAAGUUUGGGCUGAGGCUAAACAGAUAAACAGGACAGGGUACCGUGUAAAGGAACAGUCCAGCAGGCAUCAGCUGUGCAGCUGAGUGAUCAUAAGGUCCAGUGAACAGCAAUAUGUGAGUCCGAGAGCAGUUCGAAUUGGUGCUUCAGCACAGCGAGCAGGAAGCACGGUUGUUGUUUGCGUGUGCUAGCGGGCCGGGGCUAGCAUUUACAUUACAUUUUACAUUUUAGUCAUUUAGCAGACGCUCUUAUCCAGAGCGACUUACAGUUAGUGAGCGCAUACAUAAUUUUUUUUUUUAUAUUUUUCAUACUGGCCCCCCGUGGGAAUCGAACCCACAACCCUGGCGUUGCAAACGCCAUGCUCUAUCAACUGAGCUACAUCCCUGCCGGCCAUUCCCUCCCCUUCCCUGGACGACGCUGGGCCAAUUGUGCGCCGCCCAUGAGUCUCCCGGUCGCGGCCGGCUGCGACAGAGCCUGGAUUCGAACCAGGAUCUCUAGUGGCACAGUUAGCACCGCGAUGCAGUGCCUUAGACCACUGCGCCACUCAGGAGUUAGCAGAUGGAUCUUCGUGGUCGUCGCAAUGGGAAGCCUGUUGAAACCACAGACGAUUAUGUCGGCAGACCAGUCGUGAUGGAUCGGCAGGGCUCCGUGUCGACUCUAGGAGGUCCCGUCCGGUUGACAGAGAGGUAGAUAUCCGGAAGAUGUGCCUGACUCAAGGCUAGCUCAAGGCUGAUUAGCUAACAACAACGUUCAUUUGGUUGCAGCUAGCUAGUUGUGAUUAUCCAGUGUUAAAGGUCCAGUGAUUCAGUGAUUCUGGCAGAAAAUCCGAUAGGUUCUGGGUUGAUAACGCGCUGUGCAGACAGUGCAGACUGGCCGAUAAUAGUCCAGGCCACGGACAAUGGAGAAAAUCCGAUAACGGUGGCUAAUAGCAAGUAGCUAGUUAGCUGGUUAGCUGGCUACUCCCGUCCGUAAGACAGAGAGGUAGAUAGCCGGGGCUAGCUCAAGGCUCAAGGCUAACUGGUGCUUCGGGGGCAGUGGUGAUUAGCCUACAGCAACAUCCAUUCGACAUCCAUUCGGUUGCGGCUAGCUAUAUCCGGUGUUAAGGUCCAGUGAUUCAGUUAUUCCGGCAGAAAAUCCGAUGUUCUGGGUGAAAACCGCUAAUGGUGGCUAAUAGCAAGUAGCUAGUUAGCUAGUUAGCUGGCUGGCUAGUUUCAACUGGAGAUUAUAGAUAAAGGUGAGUAAAUAAUAGAAUCCGUUCCACAUUGAGUGAGGCGGGUUGCAGGAAAGUAUAUUCAGUAGAAGGAUGAAAAGUGUGAUAGGGAAAUAUAUACGUAAAAUACAAAAAAAACAAAAACAAACAGGCUAUUUACAUGGACAAACAAGAGAACACGACCGCACUGCUUCGCCAUCUUGGAACAUGUGUAACGCUAAUGCUCAAAAUCAUCUGCAAUCGUCUUCUCCUCAUGAACCAUACAUCAGAUUCACUCCAGAUUUUGUAUUCAGAUUCAUUACAUUAGUCUUUAACGGUUUUGAGAUAAAAAAAAUUCCUGCAUUCAAAGUAACGCUGAAAAUAACAUGAACCAUUAGUCAAAUUGACCCCAGAAUAAAAUACAAUUAAAUUGUAUUCGUCACAGUCUUCGUAAACAACAGGUGUAGACUAACAGUGAAAUGCUUACGGGCCCUUCCCAACAAGGCAGAGAAAAAGAGAAUAGAGAAAUAAUAGAAAAGUAAUAACUCAUAGUAAUAAAUACACAAGUAAUGAUAACAUGGGGUAGGUACCGAGUCGAUGUGCAGGUGUACGAGGUAAUUGAGGUAGAUAUAUACAUAUAACUAGGCAUAAAGUGACUAGGCAACAGGAUACAUAAUAAACAGUAGCAGCAGCAUAUGUGAUGUGUCAGAAAAGUUAGUGCAAAAAGGAUCAAUGCAGAUAGUCCGGGUAGCUAUUUGGUUAACUAAUUAACUAACCAUUUUGCAGUGUUAUUGCUUGGGGGUAGAAGCUGUUCAGGGUCCUGUUGGUUCCAGACUUGGUGCAUUGGGCUUGCCAUGCGGUAGCAGAGAAAACAGUCUAUGACUUGGGUGGCUGGAGUCUUUGUAGGGCCUUCCUCUGACACCACCUGGUAUAGAGGUCCUGGAUGGCAGGGAGCUCAGCCCCAGUGAUGAUGAAUUGGUACAUAAACUCAAUACAUUAAGUAAUGACUUUACCUGCUGCAUUCAAAGAUAACCAAUCUACAGCACUAGACUAAACUUCACUUGAGUCAUCCUUGUGGUAUUGAGAGAUUAAACAUUGCCUGUCUGAUUGCUACAGACAAAUACUCUCACACAGAAAACCUUUCAACUACUGGCAGCAAAAUUGUUUAGAUAGAAGAGAAAUUAAUGUGUCAAGGCUAUCGAUUGAAUGAGAUUAAAAUACUUAAUCUCUCAAAUUCGUUUUAGGGUGGAAAACCUUUGCAGGAAUGUGUCCUCAUGUAAACUCUGUCAACUUCAAAGCAGGGGCGUAGGCAUGGGUGGCCCUGGGUGGACACAGGCCCACCCACUGGGGAGCCAGGCCCUGCCAGGCCAACCCAAUCAGAUUGAGCAAAACAUAUAUAUUUUUUGCCAUAUGGCACUUGUCAAACUCAUUCCAUGAAGGGCCGAGUGUCUGCCAGUUUUAGCUCCUCCCUUGGAAUUGGUUGAUGAAUUAAGGUCACUAGUUAGUAAGGAACUCCCCUCACCUGGUUGUCUAGGUCUUAAUUGAAAGGAAAAAACAAAAACCAGCAGACAUUAGGCCCUCCAUGGAAUGAGUUGGACACCCCUGCUAUAUGGGGACAGUUAUAUUGCCAGCAAUGUGUCAAACUCAUUUCAUUUUUGUUAUUAAAUAUUUCGUUUUUUAUUUUCAUUGUGAAGCACAUUGUGUUGCAUUUCAUGUCUGAAAUGUGCUGUAUAAAUAAAGCUUGAUUUGAUUUGAUUAUUUCCUUUCAAUGUGCCCAAUUAAGACCUACAACCAGGUGAGGGGAGUUCCUAACUAAUCAGUGACCUUAAUUGAUCAAUCAAGUACAAGGGAGGAGUGAAAACAUGCAGAUGCUCGGCCCUCCGUGGAAUGAGUUUGACACCUGUGGUCUAAAGUUACAGUAUUCCUGCUUUGCAGUUCAUUCCUGUCAAUGAUUCAAUUGUUAUUUCUUAAAGUGUAGAAUGUAAUCUUUGUUCCGCUGAACCUUUCUGUAAUAGGAACCAUAUUUCAGCACAAUCUCAUCAUUUCCUUUGACAGGCUCUGAUACACAGUUCUGUCUUGCCACUCAUUUUAGAUUCAUGCAGUAACUACAAGCUCAUGCAUGUUACUGAUAGAUAUGUACAUAAAUGUAGACAUUGUGUAGUAAAUAUUUCUGUUUUUCUUUUAAUAGUUUUUUAGUCUUUUUCUGUGAAGCACAUUACAUUUAUAUUUUAGUCAUUUAGCAGAUGCUCUUAUCCAGAGCGACUUACAGUUAGUGAGUGCAUACAUUUUCAUUUUCAUACUGCCACCCCGUGGGAAACGAACCCACAACCCUGGCGUUGCAAGCGCCAUGCUCUACCAACUGAGCUACAGGGGACUGAAAUUAGCCCACCCAACUACCUCAUCCCCAUACUGUUAUUUAUUUUGCUAAUUUGCACCCCAGUAUCUCUAUUUGCACAUAAUCUAUUGCACAUCUAUCAUUCCAGUGUUAAUUACGAAAUUGUAACUAUUUUUGCACUAUGGCCUAUUUAUUUAUUGCCUUACCUCCAUAACUUACUACAUUCGCACACACUGUAUAUAUAUUUUCUGUUGUAUUUUUGACUUUGUUUUGUUUACCCCAUAUGUAACUCUGUGUUUUUAUCGCACUGCUUUGCUUUAUCUUGGCCAGGUCGCAGUUGUAAAUGGAGAACUUGUUCUCAACUGGCUUACCUGGUUAAAUAAAGGUGAUUUGAUGUUUGUUUCCCCUUUGCAUUUUACAAAUUACCACCACGAUUCCUACAGUAAAGCCUCCCUAUCCAGCUGUCUACAUCUAUGUCACAAUCAUUUAUAAGUCAUAUUUUGUUCUCUCAACAGCUGAUGUCUACCCCAAGGUGUAUCACAUAUGUUUCUUCAUUGCCACAUACUUUGCGCCGCUCUUUCUUAUGGUUCUGGCAAACAUCCAAAUAUGCCAUAAGCUGUGGUGUCAACAGGUAUGUAUGUAAAUUCAUGUUUGUGAACAAUAUCAGACAACAUUUGCACUGUUUUUUGGCAAUAUGGCUAUUUGUUUGUUGAUUCUCCAAAUGUAUUUCUUGAUCAUGCAGUCACCAAGUUAUCAGUGUCCAUUAUCCUUGUAGUUAUUUGACAAUGCAUUCUCAGAUCAUGAACCCCAAUGUUCAGAUCCAUUCCAUUGAGCGUUUUGAAUGCUUUGUCUGUCAACCAAAAGCUCUUCAAUGAACACAGUCUGAUGUGCUGUGGGUUGUGUGUUCUGUAAACAGAUCCCUGGGGUGUCAUCUGUGCUGCAGAGGAAGUGAAGAUCUCUUCAGGGCUCCGCUUAUCCACCAGGACCUGGGGAGUCAGUCAGGGUCCGGACCAGCAGUGUCCGCUGAGAUCAAACAGGUUCUGGCCCGCAGGAAGACCGCCCGCAUGCUGAUGGUGGUGCUCUUUGUCAUCUGCUACCUGCCCAUCAGCGUCCUCAACAUCAUGAAAAGGUAACAAACAGCAUCUUUGGGGGCUGUUACAAACCCUGUGGCUUUAAAAGGCUAGGGUGGAUAGAAAAGAGACCCGUAACAUAACUCAUGCGAAUUAGAAUAUUGCCAUGGAACAGUGAGAACAAAAAUACACCGACAACCAAAAAGCUACCGUCAAACACAAAAAUGUUUAUUAUAAACACACAGUAAAGGUUUGGGGAAAAGGGGCUGAGCAGGACCCAAGGAAUGAAACAAAGUCAACAAAAAAAACUAAGCUGAGCUUGCCUGCCUCAAGAACCGCUAACCAUACAAAAUACAGUGGGUGGUCCGCUCAGGUCUAACUAGUGUUUUUAGACAAGGUUUUCCUACGGGUAAUGUAUGCCCAAGGGCGACUUGCUAAAAAUCCCCUUUUCCCAGGAACAAACAAACAGUGUAAACAGCAAAUGAGUGAGUACACAAAAAACAAGACACCACAGUAUCCAUACUCGCAAACAAAAAGAGUGUCAGAAAACACAACUGACUGGCUUUUAAAGCAAGAGGAUGUGCGAUGUGAUUAGGUAUGAAAACCAGAAAGCAGGUGGUGCAAUCAGGAGAAGUGGCUACUGCUUGGUCCACCUCAGCAAUCAGCAGAUGAACUGGUGACUGACAGGUGAGACACACAAACGACCUCCAAUCAGGAACACAAGGGACACCUGUGAUUAGGACAGAAUGAGAGGAAAAACACAUACAGGAUACCUGUAUCCGUAACACUCCCAACCACAAUGGUUUGCGAUUCAAGUACUAUCACAAUACACAAAACAAAUUCAAAGAGCAAAAACAUCCUCAGGGAUAGAAAAUAAAUCCUAUAUCUCUAAACACGAGACAAAGCAUCUGUCAUCACAUUAUCCGAACCCUUUUUGUGGCGGAUCUCCAAAUUAUAUUUUUGCACAACAACUGCCCAACGCAUAAGGCGUUGGUUCUGGUUGUUCAUACGGUGGAGAAAAAUUAAGGGGUUAUGGUCAGUAUACACUAUCACUGGUAGUGCACUGGAACCAGCAGACUUCGAAGUACUGCAGAGCUAACAAAGCUAGAGCUUCUUGUUCAAUGGUUGAAUAGUUAGUUUGACAUUUGUUAAAUUUCCGCAAAAAACAACAGACAAGAUGGUCCACUCCACUCUGGUCUGGCUGCAGUAGAACAGCACCAGCACCUCUGGCACAGGCAUCUACCUCAAGUUUAAACAGCCGUUCAAAAUCUGGAGCAGCAAGAACAAGAGUGUUUUAGCAAUGUUGAAAGCAGUGUAGUAUCGAGUAAAAGUUGCCAGUCAUUGCUGAUAAACAAAGGAGUCCGCUCAUACUGAACCUUGAUCAUAAGUUUAUUCAUAUCACAAGCUUUCAGCAUGAGUUACAGGUGUCAAGAUCACCCGGAGAGCAACGUCCCAGAUUGCAAUGGCUGCUCUAACCUCUUCUGCCUCCAGCAUAUACUUAUAAACAAUGCAAAAAUAUGGGUUGCUCCCUCUGCUGUCCAAUCACCUGUCUCCCCUGGGGCGUCACCCUACAAAUGGCUACUUUUGAACUAACAUAAACAUCCCCUCUGGUUCCAUUAAGAAAGUCUUAAUCUUAAUAAACUACAGCAGUAUGACAAUCCGCAGACCAUACACAUUUUCUCGCAGGACUGAGCGAAUCCGUAAAUGGAGCAACUACCGCAGAGACAUAACCUGGAUGUCCCAUCAGGUUUGGGAACCAGAAUGCACGGAGAACUCCAAGGACUUGAACUUGGCAUAGCCAGGUUAUUCUCCAGCAAAUAACCGACCUCAUCCCUCAUUAUCUUUCUUUUAGAGACGUUGACACGAUAAGCAUGUUGCUUGAUAGGUGCAGCGUUUCCGACAUUAAUGUCAUGUUUUAACACAUUUGUGCGUGUAGGAACAUCAUUAAAAAGACAUGGAAAGCUGUAAUAGCCUCACAAUAUCAUCUGUCUGUCCGUCCAAUGAGUCAGGCUUGACGGGAGAGACAGCAGCAUCUCUGAAUUGGUCAAUCUAGCACACUGCUGCUGAGUAUUGCGCAACUCCAAACCAUCUCCGUCCACAUCAUUAACAUGACAUCCCACUACAGCCGCAGCAGCAAUAGAGACAGCCGUCUCGGCCAGUUUCUCUGGACUGUCUAUCUGGGUGAUGGGUCUGGUGUGGUAUGUCUUCAACAUGUUAAUGUGAAACACACGAGAUUUGUGUUUUCUAUCGGGAGUCUGUAUCACAUAAUCAGUGUCACUUAGUUUCUUUUCAAUUACAUAAGGACCAGAGAAACGUGCUGACAAUGACGCUCCUGGCACAGGCAAUAAUACAAGAACUUGGUCACCCGGCUGCAGCGAACGAGAAACAGCCUGGUUGUCAUAGUGCUGUUUCACACAUCUCUGUGAGGAAGACAGCGCUUCCUUUGCCAGAGCACAGGCACCAUGUAGGCGCUCACGAAAGUGACUAAUAUAGUCCAACACAUUUUCUUUCACACACAUCUCUUGUGAUAAAAACUGAUCCUUAAGGACUUUCAUAGGUCCUCUCACUGUGUGUCCAAACACCAGUUCAGCUGGGCUGAACCCUAGGGAUUCCUGUACCGUCUCGCGGACAGCAAAAAAAACUAGAGGAACUCCUUCAUCCCAAUCCUUCUCAGAUUCCAAACAAUAUUUACAGAGCAUAGACUUCAGUGUCUGAUGCCAACGUUCAAGCGCACCCUGAGACUCUGGGUGAUAUGCGCUUGACACACGGUGUGUAACUGACAAGGAUUUUAACACCUGUUUGAAAAGCUUAGAAAGGAAAUUCGUACCUUAAUCAGUUUGUACCACCUUAGGUAACCCAAAAGUUGAGAAGAAUUUGAUCAAAGCUUUACUCACCACCGGAGCAGUAAUCCUUCGCAGAGGAAUGGCCUCUGGGUAUCUGGUGGCCACACACAUAACUGUCAACAGAAACUGGUUACCAACUUUUUUUAUCUUCGGUAAUGGUCCAACACAAUCAACAAUCACAUGUUCGAAUGGUUCACCUAUGACAGGUAUGGGACAAAGAGGAGCGGGAGGAAUAACCUGGUUCGGUUUCCCAGUUACUUGACAGGUGUGGCAUGUCCGACAGAACUGAGCCACAUCUUGUUUUAAACCAGGCCAAAAGAAAUGUCGCAAAAUCCGAUCAUAAGUCUUGGUGACUCCUAGAUGUCUGGACCACUGGUGAUCAUGAGCGAGGGAUAAAACAUUUUGUCGAAAGGCUGUAGGAAUCACUAUUUGGUAAACAGCAUUCCAAUCUCCGCCAGCGUCAACAUGGGAUGUCCAUUUACGCAUGAGGAGAUUACCAUCAAUGAAGUAUGCCAUGUUUUUCUUCUUUAGCUCCUCCUCUGAGACAACACUAGAGAAACGUUUAGCCAGGCAAAUUUCAACAUUUUGGUUAGCAAUCAGCUGCUCACGAGUGACUGGUAACUGUUUUGCAUCAGCAAGAAGUUCCACAUACUUCUCCCCUUCCCUGGGCUGUUGGUCAGACCGCACCACCUUACCAGAGGUAGCACACAAGCUAUCCUCUGGGUCAAAACGGGGCAAUGUGGCUGGAGCCUUAGCCUCGCCCUCGUCCUCAGACACUGACGGGCUUACAGGAGCAGCAGCCACAUCCCCUACAGGAGCUGCAGGCUCAGGCGGCGGUAACUCAAGCACUCGCUCGUUCAAUAAUACCUCUAACACCACUUUCCUAACUUCCGCUUUAACUAAAACCCUCGCUAUGGGUAUAGAAAAGUGGGCAGCCAAAGCCUGUAGAUCCACUCUACGGCAAUUAUCAAAAAACCUCCCACGUAGGGUUAUUCAAAAAGGCAUCCAAAUCAAAAGUAGCCAUCUUAAGCUAGCAACACGAGCCGACAAAUACUGUACACGAAACCAGCUAGUCACAGCUGCCAAGCUCAACACUGAACCAGACACUAAACCAAUUUGCAUGAGUGGCAUUGGUAUCAAUGAGAGAUCCCAGACGAAACCCCACAUUAUGUUACGAACCCUGUGGAUGGAAAAGAGACCUGUAACAUAACUCAUGUGAAUUAGAAUAUUGCCAUGGAACAGUGAGAACAAAAAUACGCCGACAACCAAAAAGCUACCGUCAAACACAAAAAGGUUUAUUAUAUACACACGGUAAAGGUUUGGGGAAAAGGGGCUGAACAGGACCCAAGGAAUGAAACAAUAAAGUCAACAAAAAAAACUAAGCUGAUCUUGCCUGCCUCAAGAACCGCUAAGCUACUGCUAACCAUACAAAAAUACAGUGGGUGGUCCGCUCAGGUUUUCCUACGGGUAAUGUAUGCUAAAAAUCCCCUUUUCCCAGGAACCAACAAACAACAUAGUUACCAUAUGGCGUAAACAGCAAAUGAGUGAGUACACAAAAAAACAAGACACCACAGUAUUCAUACUCACAAAGAAAAAGAGUCUCUGUCAGAAAACACAACUGACUGGCUUUUAAAGCAAGAGGAUGUGUGAUGUGAUUAGGUAUGAAAACCAGAAAUAGGUGGUGCAAUCAGGAGAAGUGGCCACUGCUUGGUCCACCUCAGCAAUCAGCAGAUGAACUGGUGUCUGACAGGUGAGACACACCAACGACCUCCAAUCAGGAACACAUGGGACACCUGUGAUUAGGACAGAAGGAGAGGAAAAACACAAAAACACAUACAGGAUACCUGUAUCCGUAACAGGUGCUCUGUCUGUCUGUCUUCAGGAUCAAUAGCCAUUACAAGUAGGAUUCAUCAUCAAAUCAAAUCAAAUCAAAUUUUAUUGGUCACAUGCGCCGAAUACAACAGGUGCAGACAUUACAGUGAAAUGCUUACUUACAGCCCUUAACCAACAGUGCAUUUAUUUUAAACAAAAAAGUAAGAAUAAAACAACAACAAAAAAGUGUUGAGAAAAAAAGAGCAGAAGUAAAAUAAAGUGACAGUAGGGAGGCUAUAUAUACAGUAAAAUAAAGUGACAGUAGGGAGGCUAUAUAUACAGGGGGGUACCGUUGCAUUGUCAAUGUGCGGGGGCACCGGCUAGUUGAGGUAGUUGAGGUAAUAUGUACAUGUGGGUAGAGUUAAAGUGACUAUGCAUAAAUACUUAACAGAGUAGCAGCAGCGUAAAAAGGAUGGGGUGGGGGGUCAGUGCAAAUAGUCCGGGUAGCCAUGAUUAGCUGUUCAGGAGUCUUAUGGCUUGGGGGUAGAAGCUGUUGAGAAGUCUUUUGGACCUAGACUUGGCACUCCGGUACCGCUUGCCGUGCGGUAGCAGAGAGAACAGUCUAUGACUAGGGUGGCUGGAGUCUUUGACAAUUUUGAGGGCCUUCCUCUGACACCGCCUGGUAUAGAGGUCCUGGAUGGCAGGGAGCUUUGCCCCAGUGAUGUACUGGGCCGUACGCACUACCCUCUGUAGUGCCUUGCGGUCAGAGGCCAAGCAGUUGCCAUACCAGGCGGUGAUGCAACCAGUCAGGAUGCUCUCGAUGGUGCAGCUGUAGAAUUUUUUGAGGAUCUGAGGACCCAUGCCAAAUCUUUUUAGUCUCCUGAGGGGGAAUAGGCUUUGUCGUGCCCUCUUCACGACUGUCUUGGUGUGUUUGGACCAUGAUAGUUCGUUGGUGAUGUGGACACCAAGGAACUUGAAGCUCUCAACCUGUUCCACUACAGCCCCGUCGAUGAGAAUGGGGGCGUGCUCAGUCCUCUUUUUUUUCCUGUAGUCCACAAUCAUCUCCUUUGUCUUGGUCACGUUGAGGGAGAGGUUGUUGUCCUGGCACCACACGGCCAGAUCUCUGACCUCCUCCCUAUAGGCUGUCUCAUCGUUGUCGGUGAUCAGGCCUACCACUGUUGUGUCGUCGGCAAACUUAAUGAUGGUGUUGGAGUCGUGCCUAGCCAUGCAGUCAUGGGUGAACAGAGAGUACAGGAGGGGACUGAGCACGCACCCCUGAGGGGCCCCCGUGUUGAGGAUCAGUGUGGCAGAUGUGUUGUUACCUACCCUUACCACCUGGGGGCGGCCCGUCAGGAAGUCCAGGAUCCAGUUGCAGAGGGAGGUGUUUAGUCCCAGGAUCCUUAGCUUAGUGAUGAGCUUAGAGGGCACUAUGGUGUUGAAUGCUGAGCUGUAGUCAAUGAAUAGCAUUCUCACGUAGGUGUUCCUGUUGUCCAGGUGGGAAAGGGCAGUGUGGAGUGCGAUAGAGAUUGCAUCAUCUGUGGAUCUGUUGGGGCGGUAUGCAAAUUGGAGUGGGUCUAGGGUUUCUGGGAUUAUGCUGUUGAUGUGAGCCAUGACCAGUCUUUCAAAGCACUUCAUGGCUACAGACGUCAGUGCUACGGGUCGGUAGUCAUUUAGGCAGGUUAUCUUAGAGUUCUUGGGCACGGGGACUAUGGUGGUCUGCUUGAAACAUGUUGGUAUUACAGACUCAGUCAGGGACAUGUUGAAAAUGUCAGUGAAGACACUUGCCAGUUGGUCAGCACAUGCUCGGAGUACACGUCCUGGUAAUCCGUCUGGCCCUGCGGCCUUGUGAAUGUUGACCUGCUUAAAAGUCUUACUCACAUCGGCUACGGAGAGCGUGAUCACAUAGUCGUCCGGAACAGCUGGUGCUCUCAUGCAUGCUUCAGUGUUGCUUGCCUCGAAGCGAGCAUAGAAGUGGUUUAGCUCGUCUGGUAGGCUUGUGUCACUGGGCAGCUCGCGGCUGUGCUUCCCUUUGUAGUCUGUAAUAGUUUUCAAGCCCUGCCACAUCCGACGAGCAUCAGAGCCAGUGUAGUAUGAUUCAAUCUUAGACCUGUAUUGACUCUUUGCCUGUUUGAUGGUUCGUCGGAGGUCAUAGCGGGAUUUCUUAUAAGCGUCCGGGUUAGAGUCCCGUUCCUUGAAAGCGGCAGCUCUACCCUUUAGCUCAGUGCGGAUGUUUCCUGUAAUCCAUGGCUUCUGGUUGGGGUAUGUACGUACGGUCACUGUGGGGACGACAUCAUCGAUGCACUUAUUGAUGAAGCCAGUGACUGAUGUGGUGUACUCCUCAAUGCUGUCUGAAGAAUCCCGGAACAUGUUCCAGUCUGUGCUAGCAAAACAGUCCUGUAGCUUAGCAUCUGCGUCAUCUGACCACUUUUUUAUUAGCCGAAUCACUGGUGCUUCCUGCUUCAGUUUUUGCUUAUAAGCAGGAAUCAGGAGGAUAGAGUUAUGGUCAGAUUUGCCAAAUGGAGGGCGAGGGAGAGCUUUGUAUGCGUCUCUGUGUGUGGAGUAAAGGUGGUCUAGAGUUUUUUCCCCUCUGGUUGCACAUUUAACAUGCUGGUAGAAAUGAGGUAGAACGGAUUUAAGUUUCCCUGCAUUAAAGUCCCCGGCUACUAGGAGCGCUGCAUCUGGAUGAGCGUUUUCCUGUUGAUUAAUGGCCUUGUACAACUCAUUCAGUGCAAUCUUAAUGCCAGCAUUGGUUUGUGGUGGUAAAUAGACAGCUAUGAAAAAUAUAGAUGAAAACUCUCUUGGUAAAUAGUGUGGUCUACAGCUUAUCAUAAGAUACUCUACCUCAGGCGAGCAAAACCUCGAGACUUCCUUAGUAUUUGAUUUUGUGCACCAGCUGUUGUUUACAAAUAUACAGAGACCGCCACCCCUCGUCUUACCGGAGUUUGCCGUUCUGUCCUGCCGAUGUAGCGUAUAGCCUGCUAGCUGAAUGUUGUCAUUGUUGUCGUUCAGCCACGACUCCGUGAAACAUAAGAUAUUACAGUUUUUAAUGUCCCGUUGGUAGGAUAACCGUAAUCUUAAAUCGUCAAUUUUAUUCUCAAAAGAUUGAACAUUGGCUAAUAGGAUUGAUGGGAGAGGCAGUUUACUCGUUCGCCUUCGGAUCCUUACAAGGCACCCGGAUCUGCGUCCACGAUAUCUCCGUCUCUUCCUCACGCGAAUGACGGGGAUCUGGGCCUUGUCGGGAGUCUGUAGAAUAUCCUUCGCGAACGCCUCGUUGAAGAAAAAGUCUUCGUCCAACGCGAGGUGAGUAAUCGCUGUCCUGAUAUCCAGAAGCUCUCUUUGGUUAUAAGAGACGAUGGCAGAAACAUUAUGUACAAAAUAAAUUACAAAUAACGCGGAAAAACACACAUAGUAGUACAAUUGGUUAGAGGGCUGUAAAACGGCAGCCAUCUUCUUCCGGCGCUGUUCGAAUACUGACUCAUAGAGGUUUCAAUGAGUCAGGAGUUUACUCUGGGUUUGGAGAGGAGUCAUUUGACUCAAAUAACAGUUGUCAUUCACAGCAGUCCCUGGUAAACAUUGUGUUUACAGAAAAAGGUGAUCACAUACUGAGAACUAAUCUGUAAACAUUAAAUUACCAUACCUAGAUCAGAUAUGUUCUAAUCUAUGUCAACGCGAUAAGUAAACAUAUGUUUGAUGUCUGACUCUCAGGAUGCAUAUUACUUUCUAGUUAUUCAAAGAAUUAGGUAGAAUUUAAAUUUGGCUGAACUCUAAUAUUUGUUCCCCCUCUCCAUCUAGUAAUUGUAUGUACACUUGCAAACAUCAAUAAGCUAUAGCUCCAUUUACAGUUUCAACACACUUCAUUUAACAGCCUGGUGUCAUUACUGAUGAGGUCUCACUGAUGUUACCUUGUCAUUGCAGAGCGCUUGAAACGAUUAAGAACACAAACAGCAGAGAGACUGUGUACGCCUGGUUCACAUUCUCAAAUUGGCUGAUAUAUGCCAACAGUGCUGCAAAUCCAAUCAUCUAUAACUUUUUAAGUGGUGAGUUUGUGGCAGUCUCAAUAUACACUGAAUGUACAAAACAUUAGGAACACUUGCUCUUUCAAUGACAUAGCUUUCACCUGGUCAGUCUAUGAUCCCUUAUUGAUACCACCUGUUAAUUCCACUUCAAUAAGUGUAAAGUGCAUUCGGGGAGUAUUCAGACCCCUUGACAUUUUCCACAUUUUUCUACACACAAUACCCCAUAAUGACAAAGCGAAAACAGGAUUUUAGAAAUGUUUGCAAGUUUAAUAAAAAUACAAAUAAGAAAUACCUUAUUUACAUAAGUAUUCAGACCCUUUGCUAUGAGACUCGAAAUUGAGCUCAGGUGCAUCCUGUUUCCAUUGAUCAACCUUGAGCCGUUUCUACAACUUGAUUGGAGUCCACCUGUGGUACAUUCAAUUGAUUGGACAUGAUUUGGAAAGGCACACACGUGUCUAUAUAAGGUCCCACAGUUGACAGUGCAUGUCGGAGCAAAAACCAAGCCAUGAGGUCGAAGUAAUUGUCCGUAGUACUCCGAGGCAGGAUUGUGUGCGAAGAGCCUUGGCGUGACCCUGGACAACACCCUGUCGUUCUCCGCUAACAUCAAGGCGGUGACCCGAUCCUGUAGGUUCAUGCUCUACAACAUUCGGAGAGUACGACCCUGCCUUACACAGGAAGCGGCACAGGUCCUAAUCCAGGCACUUGUCAUCUCCCGUCUGGAUUACUGCAACUCGCUGUUGGCUGGGCUCCCUGCCUGUGCCAUUAAACCCCUACAACUCAUCCAGAAUGCCGCAGCCCGUCUGGUGUUCAACCUUCCCAAGUUCUCUCACGUCACCCCGCUCCUCCGCACACUCCACUGGCUUCCAGUUGAAGCUCGCAUCUGCUACAAGACCAUGGUGCUUGCCUACGGAGCUGUGAGGGGAACGGCACCUCCGUACCUUCAGGCUCUGAUCAGUCCCUACACCCAAACGAGGGCAUUGCGUUCAUCCACCUCUGGCCUGCUGGCUCCCCUACCUCUGCGGAAGCAUAGUUCCCGCUCAGCCCAGUCAAAACUGUUCGCUGCUCUGGCACCCCAAUGGUGGAACAAGCUCCCUCACGACGCCAGGACAGCGGAGUCACUCACCACCUUCCGGAGACAUUUGAAACCCCACCUCUUUAAGGAAUACCUGGGAUAGGAUAAAGUAAUCCUUCUACCCCCCCUUACCCCCCCCCCCCCCCCAAAAAAAAAAUAAUAAUUACAUUGUAAAGUGGUUAUCCCACUGGCUAUAAGGUGAAUGCACCUAUUUGUAAGUCGCUCUGGAUAAGAGCGUCUGCUAAAUUACGUAAAUGUAAAUGUAAGUGUGUCGAGGCACAGAUCUGGGGAAGGGUACCAAAACAUUUAUGCAGCAUUGAAGGUCCCCAAGAACACAGUGGCCUCCAUCAUUCUUAAAUGAAAGAAGUUUGGAACCAACAAGACCCGCCCGGCAAAACUGAGCAAUCGGGGGAGAAGGGCCUUCGUCAGGGAGGUGACCAAGAACCCGAUGGUCACUCAGACAGAGCUCCAGAGUUCCUCUGUGAAGAUGGGAGAACCUUCCAGAAGGACAACCAUCUCUGCAGCACUCCACCAAUCAGGCCUUUAUGGUAAAGUGUCCAGAUGGAAGCCACUCCUCAGUAAAAGGCACAUGACAGCCUGCUUGGAGUUUGCCAAAAGGCACCUAAAGGACUCUGACCAUGAGAAACAACAUUCUCUGGUCUGAUGAAACCAACAUUGAACUCUUUGGCCUGAAUGCUAAGUGUCACGUCCUGAGGAAACCUGGCACCAUCCCUACGGUGAAGCAUGGCGGUGGCUGCAUCCUGCUGUGGUGAUGUUUUUCAGCGGCAGGGACUGGGAGACUAAUCAGGAUCGAGGGAAAGAUGAACGGAGCAAAGUACAGAGAGAUCCUUGGUGAUAACCUAAGGACCCUAAGCACACAGCCAAGACAACGCAGGAGUGGCUUCGGGACAAGUCUCUGAAUGUCCUUGAGUGGCCCAGCCAGAGCCCGGACUUGAACCCGGUCGAACAUCUCUGGUGAGACCUGAAAAUAGCUGUGCAGCGACGCUCCGCAAACAACCUGACAGAGCUUGAGAGGAUCUGCGGAGAAGAAUGGUAGGAACUCCACAAAUACAGGUGUGCCAAGCUUGUAGUGUCAUACCCAAGAAGACUUGAGGCUGUAAUCGCAGCCAAUGGUGCUUCAACAAAGUACUGAGUAAAGUGUCUGAAUACUUAUGUAAAUGUGAUUUUUCAGUUUUAAUUUUUAAUACAUUUGCAAAAAAACAUUGCUUUGUCAUUAUGGGGUAUUGUUUGUAGAUUGAUGAGAGAAAAAACAACAAUUUAAUCCAUUUUAGAAUAACGCUGUAACGUAACAAAAUGUGGAAAAAGUCAAGGGGUCUCAAUACUUUCCUAAUGCACUGUAGAUGAAGGGGAGGAGAGAGGUUAAAAUAGGAUUUUUAAGCCUUGAGACAUGGAUUGUGUACGUGUGCCAUUCAAAGGGAGAAUAGGUAAGACAAAAGAUUUGUGCCUUUAAACGGGGUAUGGUUUGUAGGUGCCAGGCACACCUACUGCAACGCUGCUGGGUUUUUCAUGCUCAUCAGUAUCAAGAAUAGUCCACCACCGAAGGACACCCAGCCAACUUGACACAACUGUGGGAAGCAUUGGAGUCAACGUGGGCCAGCAUCCCUGUGGAACGCUUUCGACACCUUGUAGAGUCCAUGCCCCGACGAACUAAGGCUGUUCUGAGGGCAAAAGGUGGUGCAACUCAAUAUUAGGAAGGUGUUCCUAAUGUUUUGUACACAGUGUACUUCAUGAUUUUAUUGCCCCAUCUGCUGGACAGUACAGCAUAUCACAAACUUAGUCAAUCAGUCUAUUGUAAUGGUUAAACAGAAUACUGUAGUGGUAGAAUUAACAGAAUUGGCUGAUUGAAUUAAUUAACGAUGUGUCAUUAUGGACUAACAUUUUUAUUGCUCUUCACAUACUAUAUAUUUUAAUGAAAUCAUUCAAAAUCCAUUAUUUAAAUUAAAAUGUGAAUGACAAAUACCCUUAGGCCUCAAUGUAAUAAUUGCAGAUAAAAUAAAACUGUACGUACUGUCAACUGUACUUUAGAAACCCCUAGAGUCUAUGUACGCACCCACGUGGAAAUCUAAUUAGCAUCAUCAACUAAAUCCCCAUCAGAAUCUCUGUUUAAGCUUGAGAUGUGUUUUUUGCAUGGGCUGCGUCUCAAUCCUCCGCAUCCGCCGAUAUUGGCCUUCUGCAUCUGCAGUGGAAGGUGGCAGAGCUACAGUGGUGUUUGUCAGACCCGGAGACAUCCCGAAAAUUGGUCUUAUCAUGAAAACAUCUGCAGUCCUAACAGUUUGGGCUUUUUAUGUUCCCCAAUAAGAAACCAAAAAUCGUUGCUCAACAGAAAAAGAGAACUAACAAAUGAGCCACUGACAACCAAAAUGAAACAGACAGGGUUUUAACAUGGGUUCUGAAAGGCAUCUAUGGGGGGCCUACUGAAUGCUGGCCAAGCAACUCCAGUUGGUUCUUAAAAGAUCCCCACCAUGGACACCCUCUGGAUUUGCCUGAUAUCAGUCAAACUAAAAGAAAAAACACAGGGAGUGAGAACAAAAGUGGUGCAAACCCAAACACGGGAAAGCAAAGGUAAAGGCUCUGUUCCACAACCUAAAGCGGAAGAGCUAAACAGAGGUGUAACUCUUCCAACAUCUCUUUUUCCACCUGAAGCACUGGGCCACAGCUCUUAAAUAUCAGCUGUGCCAGCACAUGUGAAAAACCUUCUGACUAACAUGCUGACCACACCGCUCGUGUCGCGUGAGGGUGUUGCAAAAUACAUGUACAUAUACAUGUUUUUCAAUCAUUGCACCCACACUGCUCGCGCACAUCAAUGAGCGUCUGCCUAGCCAGGCGCUAAAAUAGAACUUGGUUCUAUUUGUGACACUUGAUGCGCUGCAAGUCCCUCAACUCCCAUUUCAUCAUUGGUUUUUAGGAGCAUAUACCCACUUGGGUGAUUGAAAGAUGAACUGAGGUUCACACUCCAGUCCAGUUGGUGGUGGUAAUGCACCUUAAAGUUGGUUGCCAACCGCCACAUAAUGUCCAAAGAAGAAGAGGAAGAAGCCUGAAGGAGGAGUGAUUACUAGAAACGAACUCGGUUUACCCUUUUAUAUGUGGAUUAAUUGUCAGAGUAGAGGACCUUGUGCAUUUCAGGUAAAAUAACAACCCAAUGUUUAUAUCACAGGACAAAUUAGCUAGCAACAGCAAGCUAGCUAGCUAAAUUGACAUAAAUGUUUAAUGCUUUUCGACCUGUCCCCAAAUGAAUGUAGUUGGUUCAGAGUUCGUUUUGAUAUUUCAACCAGCGUGUCCUGAUCGUGUCUGGUGUGGGUGGACAAAAUCAACAUGCGCCCGAGCGGUCUGGUCAGCAUGUAACGAAGACAACAGGUGCAACACAUCCUGACCAACGAAGAUGAUUCUAAUCAGUACACCACACCCAAAGAGAACCAACCACAAAAUUGAAAAUGAAAUCGAGAGAAAAAACAAAUCCUGUAACAGGCUAGAAACUAAUAUGACACCACUAAUAUGACCCCACUAUGUAAAGCUGAGACUCUCACGAGCACAAUGGUUUAGCUCCACGACCCCCACAAGCUUCACGGGACUCGUCUGAAGUUGGUACUGCAGAUGUGCCAACUUCUGUCUGUAGCGUCCAAACGGUUUGACCUAUAAAACCAAAUCGAAAGCUGAGACUCUCACGUUCACGAACACAAUUGUUGUGCUCUACGACGCCCACAAGCCUCACAAGACUCAUCUGAAGGUAAAAAUGUAUAGAAGUGAAUAGGGCAUUUCCACAUCAAAGGUAUACGGGUCAUUCCACAAUAAAAAUAUAAAAUCCUGAGCUUUCUUAUAUCUCAGAUAUAGGACAAACACUUCAAAACAUACUUAAUUUUUUUACUUUCUGUUUUUCCAUGUAUGAAUGUGUUAUUUAAAAAAAAAAAAAAAAAAAAAAAAAUGUUAUUUAAUGUGUGUCUAUGGGCUAAUAGCAGUAAGGCCAAAUUCAAUGUUUCAACAAAUAAUUUGUACAUCUUUUUUUAUACCUACAGGGGUCCUAAAAUUCUAAAUCAAAUAGCUAAAUGAUCCUUGGUAUGACCAUCUUAAAACCAGUGGAGGCUGGUGGGAGGAGCUGUAGGGGGAAAAGCUCAUUGUAAUGGCUGGAAUGGAAGACUCAAAGUUGUGCUUUUUUCCACAGGGAAAUUUCGAGUGGAAUUCAAGGCAGCAUUUUCCUGUUGCUGUUUUGGCCGAUGUCACAACCAAACAGAGGGAAUACGGACAAGAACAAACACUGACAGCUGUAAAUCCUUGUCCACUCAAGUCAAAACAUGGACAAUGUCUCAUGGAUAUCUGA